AUGCGUCCGACCUCACGCCUGUUCGCGACCGUGAAGUCGGCCAAGAAGUUCCUCGAACCGAACACACCUACCGGCCUCACAGGUCUAACCACUCACCCAUCCCCUCGACCAGCUCUCAUCUACACAUACCGACAAACCCUUAAAAAACUCGAACAGAUACCCAAAAGCUCCGUGUACAGACAAUCCGUUGAGGCGUUGACGAAGCAACGGCUCGAGAUCGUCGAAGCCCAACGACCCGAAGGGUACGAGCAAUGGCUGGAACGAGUGCGGAAACAGAUCGCAGCCAACCCGGCUGCGUACGCUAAAUUCUUGAACUCCGACGGAAGUUUGGGAAGCGAAAAGGCGCAUGUUACCGCGGUGGACAACUGGGACGGCGUCAUCACGCGGCAGGAUGCGCUGCCGGAGGGACCCAGCACUCCCGCGGAAGCUGAGAAGAAGGCCAGAUACGUCAAUGCAGAAGUGCAGACGGUGGACAAGGAAGCUGCCGAGGGAAAGCUGCCCACGGUAGAAGACUUGGAGGUCGAGCCUCCCUUGACGAGGGAACAGAUCGAGACGAUCGAGAACAAGAUUGGCGCUGGGUUGAUUGAGGAAGUCAUCCAGGUUGCAGAGGGUGAACUUCAGCUGGUGGAUGAGAUGUUGGUGUAUCAACCGUGGGAGGAGCUCGAGGAGAAAGCGCCAACUGGUCAAUGGGUCUACUUUGAGCGCGGCGAUAGAGUGUAG